AUGUUUUCCAAAUCUGAAACCAUUUUAAUAUUAUUAACACCCUUACGUCAUAUAUAUGUUCUUGAACUGUUUUCGCUUUCAACUACAAUUCGAUAUGAUCCAACAGGCUCUUAUCGAUCUGCUCGAAAUGGUGGCAUGCGUCGCGUUUCGUCACGUUUGAUUUUAACAGCCAUAGGAUUAUGUAUAUGUUGUAUUCUAUUAAUAUUUGCUGUAAGUAACUACGGUCAUAGCACCGAAGAAAUAGAUCAAAAAACAGCUAAAUGCGACUGUACACCAUCAGAAAAAAUAGCUGUUCAACCAGUUCCAUUAGCACCGAUUGCUACUGCAACUGCAAUAACAACAACAACAACAACAACAACGCAAAUAUUAAAAGAAUGCAAUGAAACUCAAAAAUCUUCUCCUGUACAACGUGCCAUUAUUAUUUAUUAUCCACAUCAUCAAAGUGAAUAUUUUUUUCCCGAAGUCAGAUGGCUUUAUCGUUCAUGGGUAGAAAUGUUACUUAGCCAACCGGCCACAUGGCGAACUGAUUUUAUUAUAUUUACAUAUAAUUUUUCGUCUGAAUUUCGAAGUCUCGGUUGUGUCAAUCGUAUACGCCAGAACAAAGAAGAAACAUCACUUUGUCGUCUUUUUCUGUAUGUACCAGUACAAUUUCGUCUACCAAAUGUGACCGAUAAUAAUUUUCAAAAUGCAUUUAAUAAUGCAAAAGCUGUCAUGGCAUCAUACAACGAUAUGAAUGAUGCAUUUAUCGGUGUACCAUUAGUAAAUGAUACCAAGACAUUCGAUUCGAAUCGUUCAAAAUCUCUCUAUGACAAUCUUCGACAAUAUGGUUAUAUAGAUUCAAUUAAUGCAAUUUACGAAGGUUAUUGGACUUUUAAAAUGUAUGAUUUUAUUUUACGUACAGAUAUUGAUGUUUUUAUUUAUCGUCAUUUCGCAACUUAUAUUCCACAAAAUUGUUCUUUCAUCACUGGUGGUGGUGGUUAUGGUACAGAUUUUAAUCGACGUAAAUUGAAACGUAUUGCUCAUGAUAUGGGCUUUGCACAUCUUGGUAUAUCUGGCAUGGGUUCUACUUGGUAUGGUUCACCUUAUGAUGGAUAUUUAGUGGCUAAUCAAACAUUGCAUGGCAUGUUAUGGUUAAAUCAGAAUGAAUUCGCUGCGCCGGAAAGAGAAUCUAAACUAGGAACUCUCAUGUGGCCAGAAUGGCAUUAUGGUGUUCUACUUUUAUAUGGACAACAUUUAGCUUUAAAUCAUUUAUCUGCUACUAAUCAAAUUCGAAUCAUCAUAGGUCAUAAUCUUCUUGAUCAAUCGACAACAGAUGACACUUUGCCAUAUGUUCAACAAGGCAUACGUCUCAAUUUACAUUGUUGGCAUACAAAUAAUCGGUUUUCUAAGUUUGCUUUUAAACUUGGUCAAUAUAAUCGAACUGAAUUAGAACUAUACCGAAAUGAUACUACCGCGAAGGCUUUUGCCAUGCGCAUGGCACUUGAAUCUAAAUAUAUGACACUAGAAGAAAUGGCAUUAUAUGGAAGAAAUAAAUCGCUAUCAUCUUAA